AUGGGUUCAUCAUUCAACAAGAUUGCAUCUUAUUUCCCCAGAAAAGAAGAGGUUCGUGUACUUAUAUCAGGCCUGGAUGCAGCUGGUAAAACAACUGCUCUUUAUGUCAUGAAGUUGGGUGAAGUCGUGACAACAAUUCCUACGAUCGGUUUUAAUGUUGAAACAGUUGAAUUUAAAAAUAUUACAAUGACAGCUUGGGAUGUGGGUGGUCGUGACAAAAUUCGACCCCUCUGGAGACACUAUUAUCAAAAUACUCGCGCCAUUGUUUUUGUCAUCGACUCAAAUGAUCGAGAUCGAAUAAAUGAGGCAUCAAAAGAGCUGCAUGCAAUCAUCAACGAAGAUGAACUCCAGAACAAGCCUGUUCUCAUAUUGGCGAAUAAACAAGAUCUACCGAAUGUAAUGUCGAUAGAUGAGUUACGAGAUAAACUUGCUUUAGACAAAUUAACCGGGGACAGAAGAUGGCAUAUACAACCGACAGUAGCCACAAAAAACCAAGGUCUUCAAGAAGGUUUUGAAUGGUUGGCAGGUGCAUUAAUGAGCAAAAAUGUUAAUAUUUUGCAACCACUGAUAGAAACAGCAAACGAUUCAAAAAUGAUGAAAGACGAUAUUCUAUUGAUGUUUUCUUCGAUUAAUCUUAAGUCAAUUCUUGCUAAAUUCAUUCAGUAUUAA